AACAGUCUUUAGGUGUUUGGAGCUGAAGCAUACCAAAGCCGGAGCAGUAAGAAAGAAGAGCAUCGUAACCCAACGCAAGGAUGAAACUGACAUUGGUCCUCUUGGCCCUUGUGGGCUGUGUGGCCGCAUUUAGUGUGCCACAUGCAACAACUGUGAAGGUUGCCGAUCAAGAAUUUUUGCAAAAGCAAAAGUUCUUCUGCGAGAUCCUUUACCGUGCAGAAGAUCCACUCAUGUUCGAGGAGUACAUCAAGAUUGGACACAAUUUGGUCGUUGACAAGGCACAAUACACGGAGUUCGACUACUAUAUGGAGAAAUUCUGGGAGUCCUACAAACUGGGUGCCUUGCUGCCCAAAGGUGAAUUCUUUGGCGCUCUGGUGAAGACCCAUCACAAGCAGGCAUGGGGUCUGUUCAACUUCUUCUACUACGCCAAGGACUGGACAACCUUCAGCCAGAACGUUGCCUGGGCACGUAUCCAUGUGAAUGAGGGCAUGUUCGUCUACGCUCUGACCCUGGCUGUCAUCCACAAGCCCGAAUUCGAGGGCUUCGUUCUGCCCCAGAUCUAUGAGAUCUUCCCACAGUACUUCUUUAACAGCAAAUUCGUCUAUGAGGCCGAGAAGUUCGACUUUGAUGUGUGGAGCAAGCUGAUUAUGUACGAGAAGGAAUACAAGGAUAUCCUGUACAAGGAUGUUAGCGAAUUCAGCGAUAACUUCUACUUCUAUACCAAGGACUGGAAGACCUGGCAGUGGUGGAAGAUGAUGGGUCUGGGCGAGCACUGGUACGUUGAGGAUAAGUUCUUCCUGCGCGAGAACUAUGUCGAGUACAACAAGGAUCCCAAAUACACCGACUUCAUGAAGGGACUGACCAAGUUCUACAUGCCCGUUGACUACACUCGCGAUAUUGAAUUCUACAACGCUGAGAGCAAGAUGAGCUACUUCACCGAGGAUUUGGGCUGGAACGCAUACUGGUACUAUCUCAACAUGGACUAUGCCUUCUUCCUCGAGGGCAAGCAGUUCGGUUUGGAUAAGGAUCGUCGCGGCGAAUUCUGGAUCUACAAUGUCCAACAGAUCUUGGCCCGCUACUAUCAGGAACGAUUGGCUAACGGUUUUGGUGAGAUCCCCGAGUUCUUCUGGUACAAACAGGUCGAAUACGGCUAUGAUCCUCAAUUGAUCUACUACAACGGCGUUGGCUACAGCUACCGCAAGAAUUACUUCGAGUUCGAGACCUACGGCAAAUUCGAUAUGCUCUACCAGAUCCAGAGCUUCUUCGAUCGCAUCUACAAUGUGCUGGAGACUGGCUACUACAAGACCGCCGAUGGUGUUGUCAUCGAUUUGCACAAGCCCGAGGCCGUCAAAUUCAUUGGCAACUAUCUGCAGGGCAAUGUCGAUACCUACGACAAGUACUUCUUCAACUACUACUAUGUGCUGUCGCAUAUGUACUUCGCCGAUGUUGACUACUUCGAUUCCGAGGUGUUCCCUAAUGUGUUCCUCAACUUCGAGACCAUGAUGCGUGAUCCCUUCUUCUACACUUUCUACAAGAAGUUCACCGAUGUCUUCUACAAGUUCAAAUUCUACCUUGCACCCUACACCCAGAAGGAUCUGUUCUACGAUGGCAUCACCAUCAAGGAUGUGUCCGUUAGCAAGCUGACCACCUACUUCGAUUUCGUCGACUUUGAUGCCACCAAUCUGCUCAACGACAAGAUGACCUUCGUCGAUGGCAAGUUCGUCUGGGACAAGGCUCUGCUGGCCCGUCAGGCUCGCCUCAACCACAAGCCCUUCACCUUCGACUUCAACAUUGAGUCUAGCAAGGCACAGAAGGGUGUUGUCCGCGUCUUCCUGGGACCCAAGUUUGAUGAGUUCGAUCGCGUCAUCCCAUUGAAAUACAACGGCCGGAACUUUGUGCAGAUCGAUAGCUUUGUCUAUCCCUUCAUUGCCGGUACCAACAGCUUCAAGCGCACCUCCUCGGACUUCAGCUGGACCGCUAAGGAUCGCAUCACCUACACCGAACUCUACAAGUACGUCAUGCUUGCCAGCGAGGGCACCUACAAAUUCCCAUUGGAUGUGAGCGAGCCCCACAACGCCUUCCCCGAUCGUCUGGUGCUGCCACGCGGCUGGGAAGAGGGUAUGCCCAUGCAGUUCUACUUCUUUGUCUCGCCCUACACUGAGGACUACGAGCAGUUCUCCAACUUCGACUACACCUACGAAUCAGGUGUUGGCUCCGGCACCCGCUUUGUGGACAGCAAACCAUUCGGCUAUCCCUUCGAUCGCACCAUCGAUGAGUACAGCUUCUUCGUACCCAAUGGCUACUUCAAGGAUGUCAAGAUCUACUACCACGACACCUUCGCCAAGUACUUCGAGAAGAAGUAUACCGACUAUGGCACAUUUGACUACUCAGUGUUCGACUUCUAGACGACGCCAUUCGACUUAGCAACUAAGUAACUUGAAAUCUAUUCAAUUGCAUUACCAAAAAAUCCGAAAAAAAAAAAAAAUACCCAAGCUCAAAGCAAAACAACAACGAA